AUGCCCGACGUCGAGCUCAUGGACAGUAGCCAGGUGCCACUCAACGAAGCAUGUGAGUGCUCAUUCUUGGCGUACACUAUUGUAGCGCCUACGCGCAAAGCUCUGGACCAGGUCUGACUGACUAACAACCUCCGCGUUCCAAAUGAUCGUGCCCCCCUCUCCCCCGGGCGGGCCCACGGCGCACAAGGCGUCGCGUGUCGAGCGGUCAAGCGCAAGUGCACCCAUCCUGGGACCGGUGCAGCGUGCAUUCGAUGCGAGCGACUCAAGAGGGAUGACUGCACCUUCAAGUGAGUGGCACAUAUACGUCGCAGUGCAGUGCAGUGUGUCCCCUAGCGUGUCUAGGCGCCGGCUGCGGCAGACGGUCCCGGGCACCAGCUGGGUCUGUCGAGCUCAAGUCAGCGCGCACAGGCGGGCAGGGGCUCCAACGUGAGUGAGCGGCCAGCGCCUCGGCUGUGCCACUCUUGCGCUCGGCGUUGCGGGAGCUGGAUCGCCUCAGCCUGGCCUGGGCCAUCUCGGCUCCAGUCGUCGCGACGAUCAGACCGGUGACGCUGCCCGGAGCAACUUCCUCGGGGGCUCCCUCGGCUAUGGGGCAAUCGGCACUGAUGCGAGAAAACACCCCAAACACCCACGCAUGACAGGCAGCAAAAGCGAGGGCGCAAACGCGUCCGAACAUUCAAGGGCAGCUUCAACAGGUCAGUCGACUCUUAUCAUGGUGCAGUCUUCUUCCCCCUUCUGUGUGGGCGUCCGCUGGGAGAAGGAUCAUUGACGCCGACGCGUGACCUCGAACGGGACUCCUUUGAUCAAACCUUCAGUGGGCGAGACUCCGCAGCGAGCGCUCCUUCCAUGAGCGAGACGACAGUAGCAGAGAGCAGUCAAGCCAGCCAAGCGACUCAAGACGUGAAAAUCCAGUUGACGACAUCUUAUCCACCCCCUUCGACGUACUACUACCUGAAGCUAGGUCAGUGCUGACGAGAAAGUGUGCCGCAGCACUCAAAGGCGCGCCUGCGCGCCGACGUGAUCCCAGGCGUCGUUGAACCGACUGCUCAUCGAGGAGGGCGCCAUCUGGUCUGUUUUUCCUGAUCAUCCAAACAGGCCCUACCUCAAACCAGCCACCUCAACACGUACCCCACGCCGGUCCAUCAAGUCAUGCACACGACCACACGGCAGCAUCGUCGAACGGGGGAACCGCUUCUGCUUCGACGUCGCGCCUCGAGCAAGCGAGCGCACCUGAACGACCACCAAGCUCGUCUCGCAGUACGGCCUCCGGCAGUGAUACUUACGCUUGUCCCGGUGUCUCGCCCGCAAACGUACCUGACAACUUUGUCGAACCACCGGUGCCCAAGCCAAGCGUUCCGCGUACCUUGGGCCUCGCACUCGACCGUCUGCUGGCGCACGAUGACCCCUCUGAGGGCUCGGACACGAUGGAUAUAUGGUCCUUUGCAAAUGCUUUCGGCCACAAAAAUAAACGCAAGAUAUCGGCGGUCAGUGAGGAUGCCGAGUUUGGAAUGCUCCCACCGUGCGCAAAGGAUCGCGAGACCGAGGUACUGGACGUCGUGCAGGUCGGCCUCAUCCGCGAGGAACAAGUCGAGGAGCUCUGGAUACACUUCUUUGACCAUCUCAACCCGAUGAUCUCGAUCUUGGAUCCGGUCCUGCACACAUCCAGGUUCUGUCGAUCUCGCUCGGCCUUCUUGUACUCUGCCGUACUGACGGUCACGGCCCAGUGCGUGCUCUCGGAAGACGUCUACAUGAACUGCGCUCGACACCUCAACUGGCUGUUCGGCAAGGCGUUCGAGUAUGGGACGAAUACACUCGAAGUGAUACAGGCGCUGGCGAUCUCGCUGCAAUGGCCUCAUCCGACGCCUCGCACUCUCGCUCGAAGAAACUCUUACAUGACGAGAUCAGCAAUUGAGAUACAACUGUACACCAAAGCGCCACGGCCUCUGCCUCAGGACGACCUUCAGGUCAGGCUCAUUCUCAACCGCGAGAGGACUUGGAUGUGCCUCGUUGGUGAGUCAUCUUCGCCCACCGAUUUGGGAGAUAUAAUGAAGGUAUUUCGGAAUAUUUGGUCAUGUGAUGUUUCUGCCUGCAGUCGCGGAUGGCAGAGUGUCGGCGCAGCAUUCUUUGCCUCGCCUCAUCAAGCCUGAAUGGCGUUGGGAUGCGAUCCAGUGGUACCUCGAGAACCGCAACCGAGGCGUACUUGCAACCGAUACGCUUUACGGUCCCCUCGUUGGCUUCUACCCCAUGUCGGACCUUCACUGCGCGCUUAUGGCCGCCAUCGGCGAAAAAAUGACGCCCGAUCCGUCGGUCUUGGCGUGCCUCGAAACAACGCAGAAGAACUGGAUGCAGCUCUGGGCUCCCGAGGACGAGCACUCGACGAUGCUCCCGCUAUCACCGCCGAUCGCAUCGUUGUGCAGGUUCUUGGCUGCACUCACCAAGUUUCAAACGGAUGAGGUCCGUCUGCUUAUCUCGCUCGUGAAGGCGAAGGAGAUGGGCGAGCCGGAACGAGCUCAAGAUCCUUCCUCGGCACCGGUGCUCGACUUCGCGCGAUGUGUUCGUUCGGCCCACUCGGUCUUGUUGCAACUCGUCGCAGAAGUAACAAGGAUCAGGUAUCCCUUCGACAGCAUGUGGAUCGGAGUGGCUUCGUGUGGAAUCUGGCUCGCGAGCAACUACCCCAACAUGCGACACGACCAGAAGACCCAGACAAUGGACGCUCUGAAACAGGCGCUGGAAGCUACGAAAGCGUUCGAUAGGGGUAGGGCAAGUCUUCCGAUCUAUGCGCUCCAUCUCUUGAAUCAAUUGAUCAGGGAUAUCGAAGCUACUGCGACUCCUCCAAGCGAACACAACUCAAAUGCCGAGAUCGUUCCCGCGCAGCAAAGGCUACCGAAUCAGCAAUCAGCGCUCACGGUCUCCGGCGCCGAGGUGCAAGCCAACUUUCCCGUUUCAUCCUCAAACUUGCUCAAUCCGAACAUAGCAUUCGAACCCCGCUUCGUGCCCAUCAAGUACGUCCCCAUGAGCGCUGCUCAACCCCCAGGAUGGGAAAUUUCCCUCCUCGCCGCCGCCGCCAACGGCUUCGACUAUCGCGUCAGCUCGACCAAUCCCGGCGUUGCUGCUGAACUGCUACCGCGACAAAUGGCGAUGAAUCCUGGGCUGCCGUUGCCGAUGCAACCUAACGCUUACUAUGGUCCGGGUUCGAGACCUAUGGGAGGUGCGGUCGGCGAGGAUGCGGGGUGGUCAGCGCCGCCGCCGCCGCCGCAGGAGGAACAGUCUUGGUACGUUCAAAAGUUUGCUCGGCCCGCUUCUUUGGAAUCGCAGACGACUGAUGUACCUCCUUCGAUCCUUGUACAGGCAAUACAGAGCAUACUAAUGGAAUUCGUUGGGAUCGUAUCGCAUAAUUGA